AGUAGGGAAUCUAGGACAUUUUAAUUUAACAUGGCUCUGACUCUGAAAAUCAACAUUGUCAAGAAUAGUUCUGUAAAGACUUUACAGGUGAGUUUUACUACACUGUGCAUCGUCUAUGUUUAUUGGGCUUCUUAUUGUUGAUAUCAACUUGUUAUUUAUUGGUAAUAAUUCACAUGCACUGUCUGUAUAGUGAUGUAGAGUGUUUGAUCAUUUUUUAUGUGAGAAUAUUUAAUAUGUGCUUGUAUACAUUAGUCUUUUAAGUUUAGACGUAAUAAUCAAUCAGCCAGCUCCAGAACCUCAACAUUGACUUCUUUUAUAUUAUUUUACAGUUUAAUCCAACGGCUACCAUAGCAGCAGCAUUGAGAAUCAUCAGAGAAAGAGUUCCAGAUUCUAGUCCAGGCAAAAGUAAGCAAAAUUAAUAUUAGUACCUCAGUCUGUUGAGAAUGCUCCCACACCAAAAUGUUCAAUGUAGUACAAUGGUUACUUGUAACUUGCUGAAGAUGCUACACUGUUGCUUACUGAUAGUGUGGUUUAUAUGGGGAAAAAUAUGACUGAAAGUUUUUGUAGUAGUACCAGUAGUGUUAAUUAUACCCUAUAGACCGCCUGAAUCACGCAAAUUUGACAUCAUUCUGUUUGAGAAGUUACGCUGUACUUGUAUGCAUUCUAGUAUUGACUGGUUGAUGCUGUUCAGUUUCAGAUUAUGGUCUGUUUUGUCAAGAUGAUGAUCCGUAUAAAGGAAAAUGGUUGGAUCCUGCAAGACAACUUGACUUCUAUCCCCUCAAGUCUGGAGUAAGUUACCUUUGAGAUAUAUAUUUAAAAUGAUUUCUUUUAGUUUAAGGUGACCUUAUUAUGCUAGUUAACCCUUGAACUCCUGAGAUCUGGGCCCAGUUGUUCGAAGGCCGAUUAGCGCUAAUCCAGGGUUAAAUUUUAAUCUGCGUUUCUUUAUUCCUUUACUCAAAAGCCUUUUUGGGAAAAUUUUCAGUGUCCUUUUUAAAGCAUCAAGUAGUCAUACUCUAAACAAAAAGAAUUCAACUGAAUUUUCUUGUAAAGCUUUUAGAUCUGAAAUCGGAUUUCACACUAACCCUGGGUUAUCUUAACCCAGCUUUGAACAACCCGGCCCAGAUUGUUAAUUCUCCCCUCUAGCUGUUACACAUUUCGUUGUAAAUAAAGUACCAGAAUUUGGUGUUAGAUCAAGAAAACAACUUCUACCUGAUACAUUUGAGUAUUCUCUUUACCUGUUUGAUGGAGAGUGAAUGGAUAUUGUAAGGAGAAGUUAAUUGUUAAUUUCUUCAGGGAGUUAAAGGGGUUAAUAUACAGGCAAAAAGAUUAGACAUCAAAACUUAAGUCUUGUCCAUGAACAUCUUGUAACAAUAUUGCGUGACACUGUCACAACCUCCUGGUCCGCUGAUGACAUCUGUUUUCUUAUAUUAAAUAUAUCUUGUUGGUCCGACAUCUUGGUUUUGUAUGUGUUCUCCUCUACAUUGCCCGUUCUGGCUUGUUACACAUCUGACAAAGCCAUCAUGAGGAAAAUGACCGAUUACAUAUGCUAGAAUAUUAUUUGGCAAAUAAUUCUAGCAGCAAUUUGUUUUUUGAUUCAAUGAAUGUAAAAUUUAAGUAAUAUGAUAUGAAGUACCCAGUGUGCAUCAUUGUCAUGACAAUGGUUUUUUUUCUUCAGGAUAUGCUUGAAUAUAAAUCAAAAGUUAGACAUCUGAAAAUCAAGUUCAUGGACGGUUCAGUCAAAACAUUACAGGUAACUAAUUUCAUUGAACUACAAAUAUUAUCCAUGAUUCUUACACUGACAGCUUGGUGUAAUACAUGUUUUUAUAUCUCUCAGUAAUUGCACUAUGAUCAGUCAAUCAUGCAGGCAGUAUUUUUCUGUAUGGCCUGGUAAAUUCAAAAGUUUGUUGGAAUGAAAGUCUUUUGAACCCAAAAGUAUGAUAGACAUCUUACUAACCUCCCUUUCUUUGUUAUUUGCCAGCUGGGCAGUCUAUAUUAGGAAAAACUGUGCCAGAGGCCUUGGGGCCUCAGGCAGUACUCAAGACAGAGGGCACAGUUUUUCUCAAUAUGAACUGACCAAGGCUAGUGAAUGACAUUUUUAUUUUUUUCAAAAAGGUAAUAAAAUUCUUGCUAAAAGGGCUGUAAUUACAGCAAGAUCUUCUAUUAGACAAAUUAAUUAAAAACUGCAUGUUUGUUAGGCCACGUGUCAACCCAUUCUAUGACACAUUUGCCACCACAAAUUCAUUUUAAAAACAAGUUGUUUUUGGCAAUCAAAGCAAUUUUAGAGUGAGAAAAUAGAGGAUAAAUAAGCUAUUAAUCGGCUUGACUAGCUUAAAAAUACUUUGCUUGAAAAUACUGCCCAGCUGACUAAACAAAAGGUAUUCAUCAAGAAUGAAAACAAAGCUAGGGAUGUUCUGGGUGACUCACAAAAGUGUUACUAUGCCCGCGGGCAGAGAUAUGAAAAUCCUGACUGCACAAAGAACCAUCCAGAUUGCAGGAUUCGUUAUCAUGCUCUCUGGGAAAAAAAAAUAUGUAAGUUAUGGAAACUUGUUUUCUGGUUGGAUUUGUGUCCUGUGUGCUUUGUGCUUGGACUAUAAAUUGAAGCAGAUAAAAACUCAGUCCAUAACUUACUGUACAUUCUUAAAACCUGGUUAUAUAUACAGAAGUUACUUUUAAUCCACAUUAGUGUUCCUACUCUGAAUGCACACUGAGCACAGAUUCGAUUUUCAUUUUUCUGGUUUUGUCUCAGAUUGAUGACAGUCACAGUGUUGGUGAGAUUUUAGAUUCGGUUUGCUUGAAGAUGGGUAUGUACAUAAAUACCAACAAUGGUAUAGUAUGUAAUUAAACAGUAUUUAAAUACAGCAGCAUGAAAUGGCAUUGUAUCUGAUCUUGUCACAGAAUUGUGUAACAGGUUUCUGGCAAUCUAUCCAUGAAUUGGUCAUCACUGAAAUAAACGAUCCUAUCAUGCAGUGCAUAUAUAUGAUAUAUAUAUAUAUGAUGAAUCUGUGUUGUGCAUAGUUUUUCAUCAAGAAAUGUAAUAGCAGAAGAACUGUGUAAAGGAAUUACAUUAUAUUCCUAAUAGCUAAAUAAGAAAUUACUGGGGUACAUAGAAAUGAAAUUUAGCCUUAAAAUUCUGCCCAGAUGUUAGAGAAUUGUCCAUUCUCAGAUGCGUGCUGAACACUUUGGGUGUGUCUCCAACUUGUUGCUGAUAGUUGUGUAAGAGGCGUGUACUGAAAUUUUGUUGCUGUAUCUGUUUUGUGUUUAUGUUUUUUUUCCGUUCAGCUUCAGCAAUUUGCUUGUUAAAAUGGUGGGAGUAAUUCUUCCCUGAUGUAAAAUUUCCAAACCAGCUUAAGUUUUUAUUUCCUUUAAGAUAAAGACUAUUUCUUCAACUGGAAAAAGGAAAAAAAAACACACACACCCACAUGUAUGGAAAACAAAACAAAAAUUAAAAUCAAUGUGUAUAGACAAAUUCCAAAUCAAGAAAAAUAUUUGCACCCAUAAUAAGCUUCAAAUAACAUUUCUAUAGGUAUUGGAAAUGUGGAGGAAUUCUCCCUGCUUGUUGAAGGUCAGAAAGAGGACAGGGAGGACAUAGACAGAAUGGGGACAAUAAAAAGGGUAUGUAGACAUACACAAAUGAACAUCAACAUCAUGCUGGCACUCUGCUUUAGGUGCCAGAAUGUUUUCAUAAUUUUCUAAUGAUAAGUAAGUUAUCAACUGCAGAAUAUGUACUACAUGUAUUAACAAAGUCUAGUGAACAUAAUCUUGUAAUCAUGGUAUCCUGUGAGGAACAGCUCCUUGCUUUAUUUUUGAAUUGGAUGUCAGCAAAAUUGAAUAUACAUGUAUUUCAGAUCAAAAUCAAUAUCUGAGCAACUGCCCACCUACCCCUUCCCUGACCUAACAUUAUCCCUGACUUUUUAUCAUUUGACUGUUGUUGAGUUAGGGGAGGGGUAGGUGGACAGUUGAUCAAAUGCAAAAAUUAAUCUGUAUUUUCCCUAAAAAUAAACCAGGACAAGUCUGUUAAAGAUGUAUCUCUCAAGAAGAUGGAAGAAAGAGACAAAAAGAAAAUGGAUCAGUUAAAGAAAAAACUCCACACAGAUGAUGAAGGUACAGUUUCGUAACCUUUCAUACCCUAGCAUUAGCAUUCAUAUUCUCCUCACUGUUCUCUUUUAAUUUCUAUGAUAAGGACAAGGAGAAUUUUUUUGGCAAUCAGGGUUAUUUUUGAUAGGAGAGCUCUCUGAAUACCAGUAUCUUGCAAGGCCUCAAAAACUUUAAUUCAGCAAAAGGAAGAACUACUUGUAGAUACCCAGAAAGGAAGAUUUCUUCUUAGUUUUAAUGUAAAGGUGUGAUUGGUUAGUGUGGUACAGUAUUUAUUAUAAAAAUUGUGGCUUUUUUUUUCAGUACACUGGCUUGAUCAUGAUAAAACUCUCAGAGAACAAGGAGUAGAUGAUUCACACACAGUUCUGUUAAGGUUUCUACACAUAUUUGUAGAGUUUCAUGUACAUAUAACUGUAUUCGAUUUUACUUGUGGAAUUUUGAAUUUAACUCUUAAGUCAGGUUUCCUUUAGAAGUAUUCAUAAGAAGACUGUGAGUCAAAACUUGUGUAUUAGUUUGAAAUUCACUAUUUGUUAUGAUGUACUUCCUAAACCUGUUGAAACUUUCUGAAUAUUUAAUUUCUGCAAGAAAUAUUGGAGGAAGGGAAUGGCCUUCAAUCCCAACCUAAGCAACAAAGAAGCCAAUUGUUGACUUGCGUAGGUUGUAAUUUACAGGAUACAGUAUUUCAGCAUUUUAUCAAAUGGUGAUGAAGUGACCAGUGAGCUAGUGAAAUGUUUACUUCUAGUAGAGAGUCCUAAUAAAGUCUGUACUGAGCACAACAAUUCUUUUAUGUGAAUUCAGCUUUUGUUCUGUUCUGGCUGUACUUUUUGUGAACUGAGCUUUCGCUAUUUUGGCUAGAAGUUCAAUGGCUAAGUUCAUAGUACUCAAGUUUGGAUUCUUCAUGCACUUACAGGCGGAAGUACUUCUACUCAGAUCAGAAUGUUGACAUCAAAGAUCCUGUCCAGCUUGGCUUAUUGUAUGUUCAGGUAGGAAACAAAUGCACAAAUCAGAAACUGAUGAAACCACUUACCACCUUCAACGUUUAAGAGAAGAAAACAGUACUCAUUUGAGGCUUUCUUUUUGUUCUCAUCUUAGUGUCGAGAUGGUAUCUUAGACGGAACCCAUCCCUGCACACAGGAGGAGGCAGCGCAGGUAAAAAAUAAUCCUCCCCUUUUAGAACUUCUUACAUUGAAGCUCUUUGCCAAUGUUUAUUAGAAAUUUCCCCCUUUCUCCCUAACUCUCCCCUUUGCUUUGAAAUCCAGGAUGGGAGCCAAACUUUUCAUGAAGAAAAUACUUAUGUUACUGAUUACUUACUAUUUACAACAUGCAUGACUUAAACUUUUCAUUUUUUUUUAUAGUCUUCAACCUUCCACACCCCCUCCCCCCCCUCCCCCAAUAAAGGGAAGUUUUGAUUAUUGUCUGUAAUUUUUUCCUCUCUAGUUAGGAGCUAUUCAGAUUCAAGUCCAAUUUGGAGACUUUGAAGAAGGAAAAUACAAAUUUAUAGAGUAAGAGACACUAUUGACACUCAUGUGGUUACAAGACAAAAGUGAGAAUCCAUGAUGAUCAUGAAAAAACUCUUUACCUUUUACACCCUAACAUUACUACAUGUUUCGAAGUAUAUUCUCCAUACCCUUCUCUAUAAAUUUCCUUUGGUACUGACAAGGAGAAUUCAUUGAACAAUUGAAGCUUCUUUGGUUUGUAAUCAUUUCUUCAAUUCUCAUGGUCUUAAUGAUUAGUUGCUGGGUACUCCUUGGGUUUUAAGGGUUAACCAAUGCAGAGGAUUUGUCUCUCAAUAGUCUUAAAGAAUUUCUUCCAAAAGAGUAUGUGAAAUCGAAGAAUAUAGAGAAGAAGAUAAAAGAGGUGAGUAUCUGUGGUCAUCUUAUUAAGCAACUCUUCAAAAAUAUCACAAAUGUUCUGUUGACCAGUUAAGUAUCAUUAUUCAAUAUGGAUGUUUAAUUACUAAAAUACAGUAUGUGGUCAAAAAACCUUUUUUAAGUUGCUCAUUGUUUUGAGAAGUAUCUUUAAUUUGCUAUCACUGAAACCACUAGGAACACAAGAAAGUAACUGGUCAUGAUGAGUUACAGGCCAAGUACAAGUAUGUGCAGUUAUGUAGAGGAUUAAAGACUUAUGGAGUAACCUUCUUUCUUGUCAAGGCAAGUAAAAAAUGUUAACUUGGUUUGAAGGCUAGUUUGGUAUUAACAAUUUAACCCAAAUAUCCUAUAACCCUUUACUCCUUAACAUUAGUAUGAUUAUUCUCCAUGCUACUCCCUAGACAUUUCCUAGGGUUCUAGCAAGGAGAAUUUGUUCAACAAUCAAGGGUUUCUUUAUUUGAUGAUCAUCUCCUUUAUUCUUAUGACCUUAAUGUUUGAUUAAGGGGUGAUGUUGUUAGGAGAAAUUAGAUGUUAGUCACUUGUAGGAGUUAAGGUUAAGUUGCAAGUUGAUUCUUUGUAGAGGGUUUCUAAUAGAGUGUUUCACUAAAUAAAACCUUAUUUUGUAGGAGAAAAUGAAAGGAAAGAAUAAACUUGUCCCUCGGCUUUUGGGAGUCACAAAAGAGAGCAUUCUAAGAGUUGAUGAGAAAACUAAGGAGGUAAGGGUUGUGUCAAUGUUUUCAUCAUGAAUGGGAAAAACUUCAGUGUUUCUCUCUCUUCUGAUGAAUCCAUGCACACGUGUAUACAUAGAUGUGUAAGUUAACUGCAGAUUGUGGCGUAUUGCAAUAAUACUGACAUUUUAUUUCUGACAGGUAAUGAAAACCUGGCCUCUUACUACAGUAAGAAGAUGGGCAGCCUCACCCAACAGUUUUACUCUGGUAUGUUUUCUUGCAUAUUGUCCCAAUGUGAACUUGAGAAGAAAUAGAGAAUGUGGUGUGAAUUGGAGCAAGCAUUGAGAUGUAUGCUGUUUCAGGGUAGACUGAACAUAUGGUGCUUUUUGUGUUAAUUGUCAAAUGUUUUUAGGAGGGGAAAACUGAGUUGCACACAGAAAAACCCUUGGGAUGAUAACCCACUAUGAAGUCAACCCAUGUGUGGGCUAUCUUUGAGAAAAAAAAAAUUAGGUGCUUUCACCUGUAGACUGCCCACAAGAAGUCUGAAUUUUUAUUGUUUUGAAUUCUCUUCCCUUGAGACUAAGACACUUGACCUUCAACCUGUUUAUGCUGAUCCCCCAGUUUCAGUAUCCCUCUUAAAACAGAAGGUGCUUAUUCUCUGGAGAACAUUGUGGUGGAAUAUUUUAUUUAAGGCCUCAAAAGGUUUUAUGAACAUAAUUUAGUUACAUUGUUGUACUUUUGAACACUGGACAAGACUUUGUUUUCACAGGUGGAAGUGGUUUCCACAUACAUAGGCACAUACUUAUAAUAAAUAAAACUAAUGUUAGUGUUGACAAAUAGAUCAUCUUUUUAAAUUUUAUACUAUUUUCUGUCCUACUUAAAGAAUGAUAAAUGUUUAAAUUUCUUUUAACAGGAUUUUGGGGAUUAUUUAGAGUCUUAUUACUCUGUGCAAACCAAUGAAGGAGAGAAAAUAUCUCAACUUAUUGCUGGCUACAUUGAUAUUAUUUUAAAGAAGGUAACUGUCUUACAGUUUUUUUAAUAUCAGUUCUGCCUAGGAUUUAUGAAAAGAAAACAACAAUCAGAACAAAUCAAAAAAUUAAAACCAAUUACACAAAUUUAGUAAUGCCACUUUUAUUGCUUUGAUAACAUGAUUGAAUUUUCUUUUAUUAUUCAAAGAAGUUAUGUAUUAAGACCAAACAGGAAUAAAGGUGAUGAAAGAAGGAAAAAUAUAAACUUAUGGAAUUUGUUUAUCUUAACACCAAAUUAUUAGAGCUAGAGUUGUAAAAAAUGUUUAUGGCAGGCAAUGUGGAGAAUUAACUUGAUAUCUCGAACAUGGAAGCAAAAGGUUUUUAAAACAUAGGGUAUUUAAAUGUGGUUUUCAGUUACUUAAAGGUCAUGUCACUGCUUAUUUUUUCCAAUUGAUGCCUGUAGAGAAAAGGUCAAGAUGGUUAUGAUCCAGAUUUUGAUGAGGAAUCAACAAUGGUAGAGGAUUCUGUUACUCCCUCAAAGUAAGCAAUAAAAUUGUGUUAAAUUUAUAUAAAUAUCUGACCACUUUAUAUGACAUGAUGUUACUUCGGUAAGACCAUAAGUAAAGUACAAUUAUAGAAAUAAUAUGCACUUGAAUUGGCUGGGGUUCAAAUUGUCAUGCAAAUACUCUGAUAUUUCUUUCUUUUGUGAUUUCAAACAUAUAUUUCAAUCUGUAGUUAACUGUAUUAACUUAAUUUUCUUUCUUUGUCAAAUUCAGAGGCACAUACUUAGAACGACAAACUAAUAAAGUUGGUCAUGCUGCUACUGGAUCAGUAGCUCUGCCAGCAGUGAUGAGAGCAGGAGGUCCAGGUACUGUACAGCUCUGUACCUCACUCUUUUUCAUAGGAUUAUGCAAUAUCUCUUAAGUUUAGAAUAUGACUAGAAGUACCAUAUGUAAGCAAAUGCCUCAAAGGUGAAUGUACUUUAGUUCAUUAAAAAAAAAACUCUGGAAUACUUACAUAUGAUCACCCAGAAUAUCCCUAGGGUAGUUGGUAGCCUGCUCCUCCCCUUGUGCUUGACUCAUGCCUUGUGCUCACCUUGUGCUUGCCUUAGAAUAUUAUAGUCUCCUUUCCUUGUAAUGUUUUGUUAUUUAUUGACCAACAGAAUAUUGCAAAAGUAAGCUCCCGAAUAUUUUAGUUAACUUAAACCUCAAAAGGUUGCUCCUGCAGAGCACACAAAAUUUCUAAUCCACAAAAUAAAACUGCUGUGCAAUCACCAUGCUAACCAUUGCAAUAGUACUUGCAGAUUAAUAGUAAGCUAGAUGUAAAUCUAAAGAUCUUAGACUAAAAAAAUUGUUGAUACUUCUUUAUUUGUUAUUAUUUACAAGUCCAUAAUGUUGGUUUGCCAUAAAAUACAGCUUUAUAAACCAGUAAAUCUGAGUUACAAUGAACUCACUUUGUAGGUGCAUCCAGGUACAGUGUGGGUAAGAUGGAGCCAGCCCAGUAUGGGACAGUCACAGGAUCAGCACACUCUGCCCACAGACCACCCAUGGUAGGAAAAUGUGCCCAAACCUUUUACUCAUAAAAAAAAGGAUUUGUGUGCAAAUUAAUCAAAUGUAAUUAUUUACUAUGUAUUUGUUUUAUUAUCAGGGUUUUGUAUCAUUGUUUUGUAUGAAAUUUUCAUUCCUUAGAGUGGUACUUAAUGGUCAUCAUUAUCAUGCUAUCAGUGUCAACUGGUGUAGGAUGGCUUGAUAAUUAUUGCUCAAAUUUUGUGGUGUUAGUCGCUGUGUUAUUAUCAUACUAUCAGUGUCAGUUGGUGAUCAUACUUUCUGCUGUUGUUACCUGUAACAGGGAUCCCAAGCCAAGCUGCACAGCCUCACUCCAGCACAAAAGGCAUACAUGAGCAGCCUAAGCUAUGGUCUGGACACAAUUGUCUCUGCUGAACAAGACCUGGGAUCUCCUGCAGAAAUUCCUGCCCUUGGUUCAGAUCCAGUAAGAUAAACCAUUCAUGAAGAGUGUAACUGUACAUUGGUUCCACCACUACUGUAGGACAUCUGCAUGACUAAUAUUUCCACAAUUAACUGCACUAACAUGCACAUUAUUGUAGUUAUGAGGAACAGCCUCCCUUCUCUGAUGAAUUUGGAAAUAAUUAUCAUUAGUGAAUGCACAUUUCAAAAACACUGUUUCUUGUUGUUUCAUGUAGUUUUUUAAUGUACUUUGAAUUAUAUAUUUUCCCUCGAGUUUUCCUUUACAGACCAUAAAGAUUAUCAUGAUAGUUAAUUUCUUUUAAAUCCUUCUGGAAGUAAAUGAUUAUUGGGGUGAAGUUCUAUCAUUAUAUUUUGAUGUUACUAGGCAUCUCUGAAGUGGAAGCAGAACACUUUGGACCAUUCCAGACAAAAUGUUGCAUCUCGCCUUGCUGCUCUGUCAGCAUCAUGUGCCUCCAUUGUCACUCUCACAUCAGGUAUUUUAUGCUUAAUAAGGCUCUUGAACAUUUCAGUUACUCUUUGUUCCCCUGAAUUUCUAGUCAUUUUCCUGGAUUUUCAGUCAUUUUAAAUAUGCUGUGAGAUGCAGCUGGCCAAAAUUAAGAAAUUAGCAGUUUUUAGAUUUUGGUUCAGUAUGAUGGGAAAAGGGGAAGGGAAAACUAUUGUAAACUGGUAUACAAGUAUAGAUACAGCUGUAUAAUGUAUGCUUAAAGUUCAAUUUUAUUCAUGUUUUAAGGUGAGCCAGAGGAAACAAACUACACUGCUGCUGGUGCUGCUGUCAACACUAUGUAAGUAGAAUGUGUUUGAGAUACUUAAGGUACAACUGUAUGUGUUGUUUUACUGUAUCUUUGUAGGUGAUGGACAUUUUUCCAUAAUGUACAACCUUGCACUGCAUAUUCUUUACAACAACCUGCCUUUUGUGAAUGGACAAGAUCUCUGCAAUGGUUGAUCAUCACAUUGUGGAAUACUUUUUCUCCUAAUCUUACUAAGAGAAUGUUUAUUUCCUUUUGUCAUUCAUACAGUGCUUCAGGUUUGACACUGAAUUAAGUGUAUCGCUUCAUUUUUCAGAUCUUCAAACCUUCAAGACUUAUCCAAAGGAAUCAAAAUGAUUGCAGGACUACUUGAUGAUGAUGAUGAUGGUAAAAACCUCUUGGAUGCCACACGCAGCUUAGCAGGUGCUUUUUCUGCUCUCUUGAAAGCUGCUCAGGAAGGGGGUGGAGCUGAUAGUGAGGUUGGUUUCAAAGUAGAUAAUUGGUAAAUGUUAACUGAGUUGAUAAAACCUUAUUAAUGUAUUGUUAUACUCACCCACCAGCAUCACAGUUUCUUGAGAAACUUGCUCCUUUUAUUUAGUUGAUUUUAAAGAAUUUGACUUUCUUUCUUUUAACAUUGAAGUGUUGUUGGACAUGCCUUUCUUUUUAAACAUGGAAGACAUUGUUUUUUUUAAAAUAUAUAUAUUUUAUGUUAGCAAGAUCUAACCACUAAUGGGGAUUUUUUUUCUUCAGUCCAGAGGCAAGCUGUUGUCAGCAGCUGGUAAUGUGGGCUCAUCAGGAGCAACUCUUCUGCAGUAUAUGGGUGAACCUGAUGUAGAUCAGCAAACUCAAGUAAGGACAUCUUACACAUACAUAAAUAAUGAUACGACACAGAAAAAUGCACAAGCUGGCUGUACAUGUGGAGUGAACACAGAAUUACAACACCACAUGAGAUUCCAGAAUUUUUUUGGUGCAAAGACUUUGACUUUUAAUCAUCGGUAGUCUGACAAAAUUGAAUGUGUGAUCAAAUGUGUCUCCCUCUUUUUCUUAUUAUUUUUAUGUAAUAUUUAAUUAACAAAUAGAUUCCAAGUUGCCGUGCAUCUGUUCAGUAAUAGAUCACAGAUGACAUCAAAAUGUGGUAAGAACAAAAAAGUGGCACAUGAGGCACAGCCAAGUGUGUCACUGGUGUUCUUACCACAUUUUGACAUCCUCUGUGAUCUAUUACUGAACAGAUGCAUGGCAACUUGGAAUCUAGUUGUUUUAUAUAAUAAAUAAUUAAAAUAUAUGGAGAAAAGGUUUUAAUGAUGACGUCAUCUAUACGUCUGUCCUCCAAUAGAUCAUAGGUGAGAACCAAUCAGAAUGCAAGCAUAACUGAGCUUAUUAUAUAAUUCUUUAUCUAUAACAUGUUUUGUGUGUCAAGAAAAAGUCUGGUUGUACUUAUCAGGACCCCUCAGACAUGAUGUGAUCCCUAAGGGUGAUUUGAAAAUUUAAAAAGGUUAUGUCAGCAACAAGAUUCAGAGGAGAAAACGUUUAUUGUUGUUAAUUGUAUGGGAAAUGUAUGUUGUAAUAGUGUUAUAAGUAAAUAAACACAGCUUCCAUCUGCAGCUAUAUAAGAUCCCUUGGCCUUGUAGGACAGGUUUCAUCUCCCCUUUAAACUACGGCUACCCAAAAAUUAUGUCAUUAAUAUUGUUGUUAUUAUUAUUAUUGAUAAUAUUAUUAUUUUCUAAUAAAGGAGAUGUUGCUUGCUCUGGCCCAAGCUGUAGCUAAUGCAACAGCAGCUCUGGUGCUUAAAGCAAAGAAUGUUGCCAGUCAAUCCAAUGAUACAGGGGCUCAAGGAAAAGUAAUCACUGCUGCCAAGGAGACGGCCAGGACAACAGCCCAGUUGGUGGCUUGUGUUAAGGUGGUUGUUCCAUCUAUCAGUAGUCACAUGUGUCAAGAACAAGUUGUGGAAGCUGCAAAACUUGUUGCUACUGCUGUUGAUGAUACUGAGGGAGCUUGUAAGGUGAGAUAAAACUUCUUGGAAGAUGUAGUCAUAAGGUUGAUUACCAGAUUUAGCUUUGCUCAUGGGUUGAGUUGGUUUGGUGGGUCUUGUGUACUGUAGCUCUGAGAAUACCCUGCAGGUUAUCCGGUUUUCUGUUGGUUAUCGUUUUCCUUCUUACAAAGUCCAAAAAACCAAAUUCCAAUCAAACUUGGAAGUAGGGCAUGAAAAACCUCUUCAUGCGAAUUGCUAAAUUUUGUUUAAACUGUGAGAGUGAUCCUGUAACCUUUGUUUUAACCCGUCUUCUCAUAUCAAGGAUUUGGGACGAGUAUUAACCUGGUGGGUUGCUAUCUUAGGGAGUUGUAUUAGUAAUUUUUUUUUUUUGGGGGAAGAGGAGGUUUUUAUUUAUGGGAGCGGUCACGCUUUCAAAUUAUAAGAAAUUUCUCAAUGUUUCUGGUCUCAGGAAGCGGCCCCUGAAGAUUCUGAUCUGCUGAAGGAGCUCCUGGCGGCUGCCCAGGCUGUUCGAGAUGCCAUGAAUAGUCUGCUGCAGAAGGUGCGAGAUGGAAGCUGGGAAGCCCAGCAGGCCGGGCAGUAUGACGCUGCUUGUGAUGAUAUUCUUGGAGCCACUGACAGGCUGUUUAACAGCAUGGGUAAUGCUGGGGAGAUGGUCAAACAGGCAAAGAUUUUAGCGCAGGUAUGGAAUUUACGUCGUAUUUUUUUUUUACUUUAUCGGUAUUUACAAAGUGUCUUGACAAUGAAAUAUAUUUUAGUUAAGUCGCGUAGUAAACCAGCUAUUAACUUUUUAUCCUCUUGUUUCACACUCAGGCAUCUUCUUCGUUGGUGACUGGAAUUAAAGCGGAAGCUGAAACUCAAGAUGACUCAGAUGCUCAGAAGCGACUUUUAGCGGCUGCCAAAGUGUUGGCCGAUGCUACGGCAAAGCUCGUGGAAGCAGCUAAGGUGCGCUGGCAUCUAGACUCUAAAACGUGCUCUUUCAUGUGGUUAUUUACCAUAGAUAAGUUCUGGGUGAGAUGAAUGAACUUUCAUUUGUGUGGUUUAAACAGGGAGCAGCAAGAAACCCAAAUGCAGCGGAUCAACAGCAGAAGCUAAAACAGGCUGCAGAAGAUUUGAGAUCAGCAACGAAUGCUGCGGCCAGCGAUGCUUUGAAGAAAAAGCUGGUCAAGAGACUUGAGGUGAGUACCAUGUCUUAAUUAAAAAAAAAAGAAAAAAGAUUAGAGGAAAAAAUCAAAUCAUAUGCUAUUCAGAGGCUUUAGUGAACUCUUAGCUUUGAAUUGAGUCGUAAACCACUUCUUUCAACUUAAUUAGUUUAGUUGUCUCGCACUGCCACUAAAAAUCCCACCAGGGGAAUGUGAUUAACUAUUAUAUUGUAUUGUAGUAGCAAUUGGCCUCUUCUAGUUACUGAAAAUCAAAUUCGAUUUCGCUGCGAUUUCGAGGAUUUUACUGCUGCUUCUCUUUAAAAAAUAUGUAGUUGUUCAUUUUUCACAUUUGAGAAAAAAAGAACUUCAACCACUGCAAUAAGUCUGUCUUGAUUCAACGUUUGGUGAUCUCCGGACACAUUGCAUGGUGCUACUUGUAUUUCGAUGGAUUAAAAGUUCGCCUCUUGUUUUUCUUUAUCAGACAGCAGCUAAGGAAGCAGCUGGCCAGGCUACUCAGCUGAUCGCUGCAGCCCGCAGCGCAGGUCCUUCGAAUCGAAAUCAAGCGUCACAACAGCAACUGAAUGACCAAUGCAAGGUAAGUCAGAACUGAAAUACAGUAAACCUGCUGAAGUGGACCCUUUAUUCAGCAGACAACCUGCACUGAGCAAACUCUUCCUAAUUGUCCUACCUGUAUUUGCCGUAUUUACCUCUGUUAAGCAAACAAAAAGCUAAAAUGGACGGUUUUCUAAUAGUUGAGUUACUUGAGUUACCUCAGUUAGGCGUUACUAAUAUCUGGGAGGCACAAGUUCGUUUCCCGUCGAAGCCUGAAUUUUUCCCAGCUUCUUUUCUGCUAUUUCUUGAAUUGAUACUCACCUGCGAGGAUCAUAGCUUUAUUCGAUUUUUACCUGCAGGUCAAAUGAAGCUCAUUUCAUUAAAAAUUAUUAUAAAGUAAUUUUUACUCGAUGAUUUCCUUUUUCAGCCAGUAGAGGAACACAUUAACCAACUGGUAGAAGCUCUAAGAGACACAUCAAGAAAUCCUGAUCUUGCCGCCCCCCAACUUGCGUUAAUAAACGCUUCAAAGGAGUUCAUGCAGGUAAGUAAAAGCAAACAUUGACCUAGAAAAAUUAACUUAAAAAAAAAAAAAGGAACGUACAACCGUUCGCUGAAACUUAUGAAAGAUAAAAUUAGGUUGUCUCUGUCUUCAAGUGUGCGUGAGUUCAUUAACUCGUUAACCCUAAGGGCGAUCAGCAUAGAAUUUCUCCUCACAGUAUUACGUCUGAAUUAAACAUCAAGGUCAUGGGAAUUAAGGAAAUUAUCACCAGCUAUAGAAGCUCUCGACUGUUAAUCAAAUUUUCCUUGUCAGUCCAGGAUGAGAGUGGAUCUCCAACAAUUGAGACCCUAAACUAUGUCUUUAUAUUUUACAGCCCACAUCCAAACUUGUGGCAAACUCUAAAGCUGCUCUACCGACCAUCGGAGAUCCGAUCACAGCCACACAGCUCGCAAACUUUGCCAAGUCAACUGCAUCUUCACUUGGAGACUUGAGAGAUGCUGCGGAUAAGGUAUGCGAUAUAAUUUCAAAGAGAUUUCAAAAUCAUUUCAAAGAGAUUUCUCUUUCCACCCAUAACUCUCCUGUUUACUUAACUUAAACUACUUUUAAACUAAAAGUAAACUUAAUUUAAACUAUUUUCCUCCCUCUUUUUUGUUUGAUGCAAUUUUGAGAUAUAUGCAAUAUCGCGCUAUGAAACAAAAAUUGCCAAAAAAGAAAGAAAACCUGAAGAAGGCAUUCACACUUUCAAAUUGUAUAAAAGAACAAAGCUUGCAAAUGGCCAAUACAAUUCAGUCUAGGACGCAGUUGGUGUCUUUGUGGCUUUUCCUCCUUCCCUAUUUUCUCCGUCAGUCGUGCUGUCGUUCUCUUUACUUGUUUGUUCGUUGUAUUACGCAUCCUUUCCGUUCAAGUCUCGCUUGUUUUUAUCACGGUUUUUUCUAAUGCCCGUUUACUACAUGUUGUAGGCUGCUGAAGCCUGUGGAACACUGGAGAUUGACAGUGCUUUGGAUGCAGUUAGUUCUCUUGGACGUGAUUUGGAGGCAUAUGAGAAGAGCGCUGAGGAAGGAAAAUUGCUCCCACUGCCAGGAGAUACUGUACGUUGUCUUGGGAGACGUGUUGUGAUCAGAACAGACUUGCGGUUGAAAUCUGAGCCGUCAGAAACUCAACAAACGUUAUGUUUUAUUUUUUACUUUUAGGCAGAGUCUUGUGGUCUUGAACUUGGUGCAACAUCAAAGUCUGUUGGCUCAUCAAUGGCACAACUUCUAACCGCUGCCUCUCAGGUAACUUUUGACAUGAAGAAAGAACUAAAUUAAACUAAUGAAGAUAUGACCAUGCAUGUGUAGCCCUAAACUUUCCCAACAAAGUUGAUAAAUCGCUCUGUAGUCACUUGUUUGUGUAUGUUGUUCGAUUGUGUGGUUGAAGAUCGUUUAUACGUCUUUCGUUCUUUCUUUUUUUUUUCCUGGGUUAUUAUCCCAGUUAAUUGUUUUAAUUUUAUGAAAUUGCUGUAAAUUUGCUCGCGUCAUAAAAGAUGGACUUGUUACCAAUCGUAGCUGGUUCAGUCUCUCUGUUGUUUCAUAAAUGAGAAGGAACAAUUUUUGAGGAUGAACGUGGGAUGCAAGUGGUAAGUUAAAAUAGUGACGUUGAAAUAUGCAAGACGAGGAGACGGUGACUUAGCUUUUUCAACAUUCAUUGUCAGGGCAAUGAAAGUUACACUGGUAUCGCAGCGAGGGACACAGCCAGCGCCCUGCGUGUGCUGACUGCAGCAGCUAGGGGAGUGGCAGCAACAGCUGACGAAAGAGCCCUGCAGAUGAACUUGAUCAAAGCAACGCAGGCUGUUGUUGCUGAGUCGGCAAAAUUAAUCCAAGAAGCAAAAAGUGCCGUGAACAACCCAGGAGAUCCUAAUAACCAGCCAAGGCUGGCACAGGUAAGAGUUACAGCAAUGUACGAACAUAGGUUCCUAGGUUUUGUGUAGGUCACGACUUGAGGUUAAGGCAAUCAUCGAACAUUUUCCUGUGUCCAUAAGCUUCACUGUGAAUGUAUGUUCGAACGCAACUGCUGUUAGGCUGGUCCAAUUUUUAUGUCCCUAGCCUUUUUUAAUGUUUUUUUUAAAUAAAUUAUUGUUGUCGCGAUCGCUGGGAAGAGCGCACACCAAUAUAUUUGUCACAGCUAUUAAGCUGCAUUAUAGCCCAUGUGAUGACUUGGAACAUGGAGGAAACCCUUGCGUCGAGGAUAGGUUUGCAAGUUUUCUGUUUUUGCUUUCAAGCACAAUUUUAAUGUACUUCAAGCUUACUCAUGCACGACCACAGUUUUAGUUGUUAAGACAAUGUACUUAUUUCUGUAGGCUGCUAAAGAUGUAUCGAGCGCACUAAACAACUGUGUGAACUACCUACCGGGUCAACGAGAUGUUGAUGAAGCAAUAAAAGCCGUGGUUAACUCCAGUCAGAGCUUAGCCAUAGGAGAUGUAAGAUAAAUCUUAUCUUGAGUAUUCAAUCCAGUUUACCGUAAAAACCUUGUCAAUUUUUUAUUUUUUUAUGUAUUUAUUUUUUUUAAAUAAAUGCACUGUAUUUAGGCAUUUCUAAUGAGUGACUAUCAGAAACACUAUCCAGAAUUGGAAUAGCGAACAGUGUAGCUCUCUCGUGAAGUUUUAAGCUCGCCAUCGUUUAGUUAACAGCCGUGUUUGGCUCGGCUCCUCCCCUUAAUUCCUCUUGCCUAUGUCUUUAUCUUCUUAACCUUCUUCUGCUUUAAGUAGGAGUUAUAACACGGUGAUGGCUGGCGUCAUAAUGGAUAGUUCCGUCUCAUUCUCUUCUACUGAGAAACUCCCACAAAAUAAGGGUUGAAUCAAUGGAGUUUAAGUUCUUGCCUCGGUUGUUCGAAGAACGGAUGAUGCUUUCCACUGGAUUAAUCUCUAUUUGGUGGAUAGCGAAGUACUUUUUGAUGACACUGAUCCGCAGGAUAGCGACUGAUCUGUUAGAUUGCGUUAUACGCCCUUUGAUCAAGUAGGCCCAUAUAGGCAGAUGCGGCUAUUUUUUUUUGUUUUUCACGAAUGGCCGGAAUUGGUCACCAAGUGCGAGUGGGUGGGGUGGAGACAGUCAUUGUCCUUAAUUGAUGAUGAUGGUUUUCUUACUCAAAGUAGCACCGUAAGAAUUUUAUUCAAUUUUGUGGAAAAGAUAGACGAAUAAUUUUAUUACUUGGCUUACCGUAAUGAAUUAAACAGAAACAGCAACAGCAACAAACUUCAGCAACAUAUAAUUAUAUUGUAUUGUAUUACUUUUGUUCUGUUCUUUUUUGACUUUAUUAUUUGUUUGAUGGUUUAGUUCCCAUCCACCUCUGAAGGUUACCAAGUUGUUCAAGAGAAGCUCAGCAUGAGAGGGGCAGCGCUGAAUGCCGCAGCCAGUGACAUGGUGUCAGCCUCGCGUGGAACCUCCAACCAACUGGCUGUAUCCACUAAGAAGUUUUCACUGUCCUACCAAGACUUGCUGGACAGUGGACUAAAGCUAGCUGGACAGGCCAAGGUAUUUUGAUCCACAAGGCGGCCGGCGUGUAGAAUGCAGAAGUGGAUUAAUUUUCCGCGCAAAAUUUCCGAGGAAGCGAAAGAAACAACAUCCAUGCAAAUUUUGCGGAAACAAUUUAACCUUUCACGAAAAUGCGGAAUUUGAAUAGUGACCACCCCAAACAACAUGAAACUUAAUUGGUACUGAAGACAAGUUUACUCGGAAUUUAUUCAAAAUGGGAUUUUUGGGACACAUUUUGGCCGUAUACCGUACUUAGAAGUACUUUGAUUUGAAAUUGGUUGUGUUAGAACUUGAUGCAUAUUUUUUUUCAGGAUGAAGCAGCCAAGGAUUCCUUGGUGCGUAACUUGAAGAACACAUCAACUGCGUCCAGUAAACUCCUUUUGGCUGCCAAAUCAUUGGUUUCCGAUCCGAAUGCACCUAAUGCUAAGAACUCGCUCGCUAAUGCUGCAAGGUUAGUAACAUGGAAUCCAUUAGCCCUGUUAUCAGUUUGUUUUUUAAAACGAUGUUACAAAUCAUAAAAGAUACAUCUAGUUUAUAUUUUUAACUCUUUCUUUACAUUUCGCAACCUUGUUGUCCGCGAGAAUGUGGCCUCCGUGUCCAACAGUUUUGUAUUGUAACAAGCCCAUUCCGAAUUACCCGUAGGUGCAUUACCAUUCUUCCAUUCGUUGUGAGGUUUCGUGAUGGUUAUUAAGAAAAGUGCUCUUGAGGGGACGCGAACUUAUUAGUUUGGACCGUUUAAAAGCUAGUGAUUCUUUUUUGUUAACAGGGCUGUUACUGAUAGUAUUAACAUGCUGCUCAAUGCUUGUAUGUCUGCCGCUCCUGGGCAAAAGGAAUGCGACAAUGCCUUGAGAAAUAUCCAGGUACGACUAGCUCAGAAAAGUUUAAAUAAUGAUGUUUAUUUGAGGCUCGCGCACUUUUUGCCUUAAUUAAGUUGACGAAUAGCAUUUUAUCUGAAGAAUACGGAAAGCAACUACUAAUAAAUGUUCUGCAAUCCUUAUUUAGCAUGGCGUCUGAACUGUUUGAGAGAAAUGCCUGAUAGUUUAGGGUCCAAUUGAAUUUCAAAUUUGCGACAGUGCGUUAUGGUCGUGGCGAUUAUUCUGAUUAACCAGAGGAUGUUUUUUCACACUUUCCCACACUACCAAAUGUUUCCCUGACUGUAAUUAUACAUAGCAUCUUUUGAUUUGUUUGUUCGAAUGUUUGUUUUAUUUGGUAACUAGCUCGGUAUUGCUCAUUUUGUUUUACAGGCAGUUAGUAACAUCCUGGAUAAUCCAGUUGAACCAGUCAACAACGACACAUUCUUUGACUGUCUCGAUAAAGUAACUCGCAAAUCCCAGGUAAGACUUGCUCAGCUUUUCAAGAUUUUGCGUCAGGUUAUUCUUCUCUUAAAGAUUUGUUUUAAACAGAGGGAACAUCCUCAAUAUGAUAAUUUUUUAGGAGUAAGUCAACAAUCAACACGGAAGAAGUUCAAAGAAAGCAAAGCUAAAUUACAAAGGUUAACUUUGGAGAAGGUUGACACGGAUUAUUAGUGUAAUGAUUAUGAACUUCAAAUGCCCAGAUAAUGGCUGUGUUCUCUGUUCGAUGAGGUUCCACCAAACUGUAUCAAUUUGUCAAUUUGCUGCACUGUCGUUUUUCUGCAGGAUCUAACAGAAGCGAUGCCAAGGAUUUCCAACAGUGUCAGGUCUGGUGAUUUCAAUGAGUUUGAUGAUGGCGUUAAAAACGCCUCCGGUGCUGUAUGUGCGUUGACAGAGUCUGCCGCACAGGUAGGUUGUAAAAAAACUCCAGAACCAAUGCAGAAAGCGGUAAAAUCUUUUCGUUAUUUUUCUAAAGACAAAAUAAUGUUAUGUUGGUGUAUCACCUGCGUUAAUUGGAGAAAUCUCACCGGCACGUUCUCAUGCUUUAGUGAUUUAAUUGCGUGAAAGCUGGUUUCUUAGAAUUAAUUUCAUUCCUAAAGACUUAAAACUCAGUAUCAGUAGGGAAUGCUUGAAAACAAUCGCGACGAAAUUGCAUAGGAAUGCUGAGUAAGGGCCAUUACCAAACUGCACCCGAACUCAAAGAUGCCAACAGUGAAGAAAUUAGAACGUUGCAAGUGAUCCUGUUAAGCAAAACAGUAUAAUAUUCUGUAAUUGUUGGUGCGUGUCAAAUUUCAGGCUGCAUACCUUGUGGCAGUUGCUGAUCCAUCAAGUGUGGCAGGAAGACCAGGUUUAAUAGACCAGGCGCAGUUUAUGAACUCAAAACAAGAGAUUGUAGACGCAUGUCAGAGUCUGCUCAACCCAGACGCCAGUCAACAGCAGGUAAUAGCAAGCUUCAUAGAGUGCAAAGUUACAGCGCUUAGUAAAUAUCCCUAGGAGCACAUUGUAUCAUUCAUUUUGUUUCGGCAAAAAAGGGACAAUUCAGGACAUCUCGACUCACAAUGGAAUUAAUCAAAUUAGAGGUUCAAGGCAUUGAAUUGGCUGCCUGGUUUGUUAACCAACCGAUCAUCUAUUCUCGGAAAAAUUUGCCCGUUUGACCUCCUCGCGAAGAAAGCUUAUUUCUUCUGCUGUUUACAGGUCCUCGGAGCUGCUACAUCAGUCGCUAAGCACACUUCCGCCUUGUGCAAUGCGUGUAAAGCAGCCUCUGCGAAAACCAACAACCCUGCAGCCAAGAGGCAGUUUGUGCAGUCAGCCAAAGAUGUGGCCAACAAUACAGCGAACUUGGUUAAGAAUAUUAAGGUUUGUGCGUGUAUUUAGCCUCUAACUCUACAGAUUGAACAAGAACAUAUAUUUCCUGUCACACACCGUGAAAGGGAAUGUAACGCAGUCGUUUUUUGUUUCAGGUGUUUGCGAGUGACAUGUCAGACAACAACAGGGAAGCAUGCGCAGCCUCGACUAAACCGCUGAUAAACAGCGUAGAGAGUCUAACAGCGUACGCGCUGUCCCCAGAAUUUGCUGCAGUACCCGCUAAAAUCAGUGCGGAGGUGAGAACCAAUGUUAACUGAUUUUCCACUACACAGGUUAUAAUGUAAGAGCAGUAACACUGAUAUUCUGGCAGAGGUAGAUCGUAAGAGCAGUUUAAGGUUCCCGGCUGCUCUCCUCUUUGAAUAGCCUUACCGUCUCGCUCUCAGCUAAAACAUUUGAAGCCACUAAUGCAAUACAGUUUGACACUGACGUUUUCCUUUGCGCCUACUUUGGUGUGGUUUUUCGAAAUGGAAUCGCGCUCUCAGAAAAAUCGGUUUAUGGCUUGUGAACUUUCCUGUCAUUUAUGAUCGAACGCAUCCCUUUUUCAGGCCCGUUCAGCUCAGGUUCCGCUGAUCAUGUCCGGCAAAUCCAUGGCCACUUCAAGUUCAAAUUAUUUCAAUGUCGCCAAAGCUCUUGCUGUGAACUCUAAAGAUCAGACAGGCUGGCAACAACUCGCCCAGCAAGCUAAAGCUGUGUCUGAUGCUAUGAGGAGACUAAUUACUGCGAUCAAGUGAGUUUGUAUCGAAAAGUUUUCGUACAGAGCGAUUUAGCAACUGAGUGUCCACAGUGAGUCAAGGUUGUUUGGUUUCACUCUAUUUCGCUAUAUCUUUUUACUCUCGUUGUUGUGCGACUCAAGCUUUUUGUUUGAAGCUGAGUCUUCAUUGGCUCCUCUGGAUGUUUCCCUUUCAUCUGAUUGGCUGUUUUGAUAACUUUGGUUUGGGGUUUCGUUCACCAAGGUGAGCAUUCUCUUGAAAUGGGUUUUCGCCGUAGUCAGUGGCUGACAACCUGGACGUGUUGUCAUACACUUGACUUUGAUAUUAUUAAUUCUGCUAUUCUUUAAUUCACAUGAAUAUUUUUUUUUGUUGCAGAGACAAUGCCCCUGGUCAAAGAGAAUGUGAUGAAGCGUUAGAACAAAUUAACUACACCAUAAAUCAACUGGAUCAAGCAUCAUUGGCUGCCAUUAGUCAGCAGCUGGAACCGAGACCUGAAAACACUUUACAGGUAAAAUAGCAAAGCUACUUAAAAAGACCUAUCGUCUUAGUGAGUCUUUGAAAUAUUGAAACAACUCGUGAUUCUGGCAGUGGGCUGGAGCAGUGCUAUUUACAAAAGAAAAAUUGACUGGUUUGCGCUUAGUUCCUCAGAGCUGAGAACUGGUAUACGACCGAUAGUUUGCGGGUCUGUUGUUCGCUCGCUCCUCUUUGUCCUUUCCUAGGCUAGCCAACAAAUGGUAUUUACAUGGAGGCGACGGUGGCUUUGGCUUCAACCCCUCCAUUCUCUCCCUUUUCCCCUCUUUCCUGUUCUUUCUCACUGCAACAUUUACCUCCAGCAUCGAUUUCUCUCACUCUCCGCCAUCUCGCUGAAAGAUCUCAGAAGCCUGCCACUAAUUUUGUUCCUUAUGCCAUGAACUUUAUUCCAAACAGUUCCUCGAUUUCUUAUCAGGGUUUCCAAGAACAAAUGAUGCAAAACUUGAGUCAGAUGACUGAUGUUAUCGAUCCAUUAGCAGCGGCAGCGAAGUCCGAACCAGAGAAGAUUGGACACAGGGUACUUACUAGUUUUGUAGUAGUUUUUUGUUUAUAAUUUCCACUGGACUGUGACCAAAGACUAAAACAGCUGGUGAAGUGCAGCAGUAUUCAAUUUGUGUUGGGGUCACCGACUACCUAAAUGACGAGAAGCAAAAGAUGUAUGUUUGCUUUAAUAUGAUUUCUUUUUCUUUUUCCGGGGGUUGGGGAGGUUGUGGUUUGUGGUUUGCUUGCCGUGAAAUAACCGUAUCCUACCACAAGAUUAAUUAUCUGUGUAUUCUCUGCCAACAGGUAGUUAUGUCUAUGUUCCCGAUUUUUUUCCCCAACAGGUAGCUCAGAUGUCGAGUUUUAUUGCUCCGCUGGCCGACCUGGCUGUAGGCGCAGCUUCACGUACCGCAGAUGUUCAACGCAAGGUUGACUUGUUAGAUCAGGCCAAGACUGUGGCGGAGUCGGCAGCACAACUCAUGUACGCCACUAAAGAAGGCGGAGGAAAUCCAAAGGUUAAAAGCUUGUACUAUUGUGUGUGGGAAGUACGUUUGAAGAUUGAAUCUUACGGCUAAGUGGUCCAUCACUACCUGAACCUGUCUCGGGCUUUGUAUUAUUUUGAAGGGGCUUGGAGCAUAGCCACCUUUUAAUGGGGAUGCUAGCGGUGUCUUGGGUUCAUAACUGGUUCACCUCCCCAACUCCAGCAUGUAGUCAAGUGUUCCAUUUAAAUUAUACUCCUUGGUGAGGAGAAGGAUUGUGAGCCAGAGCGAUAGAGCGGGCGAACGACAAACAGCGGUUGUGGUUGUCAAGGAAACGGCUGCGCAACGAGGGUCUCCCCUUCCUAAUUUUUUCCUCCCAUGAUCCCUCAGCAUUUGUUGCGCGCCCGCGUUUUCGCUCGUCUCCAAGAAGGAGAGCCUGGCAGAGGCUUGUUUCUUUUGUUAAUACUGACUUGAAUUGAAAGCUGAAACAAGCUUUGUAAAAUUUUACAGGCUGUUCAUGCUCAUCCAGAUAUUGACGAAGCAGCUCAGGGAAUGAAGGAAGCCGUACGGGACCUGGGACAAACUCUUGAAGAAGCCGCCAGUGAAACCGGUGUUGUGUCCGGUUUGAUUGACAGUAUCGGAAAAGCACUAGCUGAGGUGAGAUGCUCAUCAGUAAACUCUUUACGAACGUGUUAUAAAUGUGAAGUUUAUAGGAUGGGUUGGGAAAAAAACUGCCCGUAUUCGCGCUGAGAAUCUUUGUUCUUUCAGGGCAGAUUCACUUGGCACAGUACAUUUUAACUGUUAUUAUAUUUAACAGCCGAAAACCAUUUUGGAAUAAUUAUUUUGUUAGAUUGAUCAACCCUUGGUUAACGGUCGAGCAGAUGGAUUUGAAGGUAUCGAUGAACCAUUUGUCAAUUAUCAAGAGAAGAUGACCCGCGGCAUGAAGGAACUGGCCAAGAAAGCUCAUGAUAUGGUGAGUGAGUGAGAGGCAACUGACUUUUCACUUGGUGAAUUUAUUCUCACAAAGUUUAUUUGAAGGGUGGUAAUCAGGAGUGAGUUUCAUUAAGCCUUGGUAAGGAAAUCGCAUCAACACGAUUUUAAUUCAUGAAUUUUUUGGUAUAGGUGAUUGUUUUAAAAUACUUCGUCCAAACCAUCAAAUAUAAGAGAAGGUCUUUCGAUUCUCGUCAAAAUGACUGACUAACCUUAAUUUGUAAGUCUGCGGCGCAAUUUAUUUGAAUUACUUCACAACGGUUUCAAAAUAUUCCGUUGUAUUCUUUGAAGUGAGAAUUCCAUACAGUAAUUGUGGCAGGCCAUUUGUCCUCGUUCAGUAGAAAUUUCCAAUUGACAUGUGGUGGACUUGUUUUGUUUUAGGUUGGUAAAUCGACCACAGAUCCGACCAAACUUGGUCCUCUUGGUAAAGACAUUAGUAAAACGUACAAUGACAUCGCAAAAGACGCCAAAGGAGCUGUCAAAACAGUCGGGAACCCUGAGGUAGGAAACAACUGAUACUCUUUUACCGAGUUCACCAACAUUUUAAGUUACGCUGUAACCAAGGAAAAACCAAAUACCUGCACUUACUGGCAUACAGCAUUCCAAGGUUGAAGUUAUCUGCUCCUAUGUUAGUUUGAUGUUUCGUCAUUUUUUCCUUUCAGAUCGCGCACCGCAUUCGCACUGGUGUCCAGGGUCUAGGAGAGGCUUGUAUCAGUUUGAUUCAGAGCGGUGGAGCUGUCCAGAGUAGUCCAAAGGAUCCAUUUUCAAAGAAAGAACUCGCUGACAACUGCAAACAUGUCGCAGAGAAGGUAUGACUGGAUUGAUGUACAACAUUUGCAUCGUAUUUUUAUCAUAGAUCAGAGAAAGCUGAGAUAUCAUCGUGAUCUUACGGCUAUGGGCUAGGACUUUUAUUUGUAGUAUUGUGAUGUACCAGCAUCCUUUUGUAAAAUUUCCGUCCUUUAUUAUGUUUUAGGUUUCUCAUCUCUUAGCAGCCCUUCAGCAAGGCUCGCGUGGUACCCAGGCCUGCAUUAAUGCGGCAAGUGCUGUUCAGGGAAUAGUGGGUGACCUGGAUACUACUGUGAUGUUUGCUUCGACUGGUACACUGCACCCUGAGACUGAAGGGGACACUUUUGGAGAUCACAGGUUUGUUAUGAUUGUAAACAAACGUGCUACCAAGAGCUGGGUAGAGUGACCUUGGAUGUAAAUUGGGAUGAGUUCAUGCCAGGCUUAAGGUCACACGAAGGAUGAAUUACCGCCUGAGAUGUGUUUGUGCGUCCUUAAAUACUAAAGACCGCAGUUAGCUUGAAUGAUAGCUGCCCUUUUAAGUUGAAAAUAAAUUAUAACUAGGGAUAGUUUUUUUUUUCUUUUUUUCGGGAUCAUCCGUCUCUCUUUCUCCGCAAACAUUGUUGGUCAAAGAAAGUUGACUUUCACUUUUCAAACUUUCGUUGAACCAAGAGAACUUUUCCGAAUAUUACACGUAGUUUUUUUUUUUCAAUGCUACAUCUCAGUCACAUUAUAUGAGGGCAGUUUUCUUCGUUAUUGCUAGAGAUUUUACGUUCCUUUGCCAGAGCUGAAAACGUAAUCAUCCAGUUGUGGUGUUUUCUUUCUGUAGGGAAGCUAUCCUUCGAACAGCCAAGACUUUAGUGGAAGACACUAAGAAUCUUGUGUCUGCGGCACAGGCCUCCCAAGAUGUCCUAGCCUCAGCUGCCGAGGCUGCGGUCGGCUCAGUUUCCAAUUUAGCAGAUAAUGUGAAGCUCGGAGCUCUGGCGCUCGGACCGGAUGAUAGUGAUGCACAGGUAAAAUGUCUUAAUGUGUGCGGAUCAAUGAUAGAUUCUCUUUAUUAGUUUAAAAACAGAUUUCAAAAUCUCAGUUCGCAUCUUUAAAGAUUCGUCUAUUUUCUACUUUUUGUCAAUGAAUCUCUUGACCCCUAAAGAGACUGGCCAGCAUCUAGUUUCUCCUUAAUGUCAAACCUAAAUGAAACAUUAAGGUCAUGCGCGUAAAGGAAAUUCUCACUCACUACAGAUACUGUUGAUUGUUAAACAAAUUCUCCUUUUCAGCAUCCUAGAGAAUGUAUGGAGAACAGUAUGGAGAAUGUGCAUACUGAUGUUAGGGUGUAACUGGUUAAAGGCGUAGAAAUGCUAUUACUAGUUCCUUUAAAGGUCUAAAAUGAGUGACAUAAUGUUGAAAUUGCGCUGUUUUUUUGUCUUUUUGUGCAGCAAAUGUUGCUUAAUGCUGCUAAAGACGUGGCGUCUGCCCUUGGAGCUCUGAUCAACGCUACCAAGAAUGCAUCCGGGAAACCUGUCAGCGACCCAUCCACUGAAGUGCUCAAGACAACAGGAAAGGUAUGUAACAACACUGGGAACUAAACUGCCUAUCAACCUUAACAGGUCAUUUAGUGUUCCGUCAGAGUCAGAGCGACGAAAGGCUAAUGUUCGAAACGUCUACCUUUAAACUCUUUACGGUGGCCAAUUAACGUUUUCAACCCAGUUGUUAACACUAAGUUACCUGUUAUACUCUUCCACCGACGCAGCACCACAGUUUCUUUAGAAACUUACCCCCUUUAUUUAUUUGUGUAAGAGCCUUGACAUGCCUCGAUUUCUGCCUAAAACCAUUGGUUGCGGUAUUUUACUGAACUAUCAAUCCAUCUUCGCUGCAUGUGCGAAAAUAGGUCAAUAUUUGCUGUGAAUACUGCAUUCGACAGCUUUUUGACAAGUCAGUGUGGCGCCAAUUUGCACGUUUAAAUAUUCUGGAGUUUGGUCCUAGUUUCUUCAGUAAGUCUAGUUGCCCAGCGUCAAAGGCUUUAAACACUGUUAACUGUGUUUCUGAUCAGUGGCUUUAUCUGGUUUUCAUAUCAGACUAUGGUAGCUAAUGUGUCCUCGCUGCUGAAAACGGUAAAGAGUGUGGAGGAUAAAGCAUUACGAGGCACCAGAGCCUUGGAGUCAACCAUAGAUGCUGUCAAGCAGGCCGUGCUGGUAAGUACAUGUAGAUAAAAUGUCUUUUAACAUCAAGCCAUCCCUCAUUCGCGCAACUCAGACUUUAAUCCUACAUCUACUUUCCACGGUCAUGGUUCUUUACCAGGAAAUCUUUCAUCAGUCCAAAGCGUAAGUAUUUUCUCAGCUUUGGAAAGUUUGUCAAACAAAUAUGUGACCUUUUGUCGUGAUCAUGCAGGAAAGGGGGGUUGUGAGAAAUUAUAUUUUUCCCGUCGUUUUUUUUUCCUUUCUAGGUAGUACAAAAUCCGUCGAUGCCUGUUCGGGAUGCUACACCCGAAGACCUUAUAAGGAGUACAAAACACGUCACCUUAGCAACAGCCAAAGCGGUGGCUGCUGGGAAUUCUUGUCAGCAAGAUGACAUCAUGACAGCUGCUAACAUGGGCCGCAAAGCAGUGACAGAAAUGUUAAUUAUUUGUAAGGUGGGAAGAUUUUGAUAAAAUUGCUAACAUCUUGCAGUCCUUCCCUGUUUUAUUAAUUUCAUAGUUCUCUAAGUCUUAAUGUUCCACACAUUUUGUGUUACGUCUUAAUAUUGAUUUAAUCUAUCAGGUGAAUACACGCGAAGGGAUAUGCAUGAUUAAUAUGAUUAUUAGCAGAAAGAUCGAUUCGAGGUAAAAUAAAUUUUUUUUCUGUUGGUGCCAAGACCACACUUGAAAUCAGCUCAAAAAAUCCCAACUUAGGAGUUGGAGACUAGACGGUUAUUACCUGAAAUAGCAGAACAAGAAAGAGGGAGAAGUGAUAAUAUCAGAAAUAGGUUACCUGCUUGUGUUCUGCGCCUGCUUGGAGGAACAGAUGAGCUUUUUGAUCAUUUUUUGUUAGAAAUUUAGAUACUAAGGAACCUCACAAUUCAAACAUGCGGAGUAAACGUCCAUGAGUUGAUUGACAAAUGAUUUUUUCCCCUCUCCUAGGGUGCCGCCAACAAGGCAGAAAGUAACGACGCCAGAUCCCAGGCCCUUCGGAGUGGAAUGGAAUGUGGUAAUUCAUUUGGGGAGCUGCUUGAUCUCGUGCAUAAUGUAAGAAUUGCUGAACAAUAUUGAGUUUUACGCUUGGUCGUUUGUCUACAGGCCAAACACAAAAUGUGCUGACCACGAGAGUGUCUCUUAAAUCAGUGUUAGUUAUUUUUAAGCGGCUUUGUUGUUUCCUUUUCUGCGCAACACUCUGAUCCACCACAAGCGAUAUUUUGAAAAAGUCUGUAUGUGUAAAGAAAGAACUCGCAUAGUUUUUGGUGGGCUUACAUUGGAGGUUACAUUUAAGUUACGCCCUCUCCGAUUACUACCAAGCUGGACUAGGCCUCAGAAAUGAGGGAAAAUACUAUCUUUUAUUUUGAUUUUGCAUCCCAUCCGUUGUUGUCUCGAUUGUGCUAUCAGAAAGAUUUCGCAGUAUCGGCCAUUGUCUAAAAGUAUUAUUGCAUUGCUUACCAUACAGAUUGUUCAGAAACCGUCCCAAGAUAAGAAGGUGAAGCUUACGCCACAGUCUAAGAUUGUCGCUGAUCAAGUCGCCAAACUUGUCAAAUCGGCCGAAGCACUGAAAGGUAAGUCCUUUCGCUAAGCAAAUUCGGCUCGGGUUUUCUGGAAAUCGCUUUCCACAGAAAGAACCGCCCUCCUUUAUGUGUCAACAGCGUUUCUAGUAGCCAGGGAAUUUUCUUGUUGUCAACGUUAUCCUCACCUCUAAACUCCAAAAAUGAGAGGCCUACACGACAAGCUGUGACAUUUCUCACUUAAAGUUUUACACGCUUAGAUCAUUUAUUGGAGGAAGGAUGUCUGUGGCAGUCAGAUAUAACUGUGCAAAACGGGAAAAGCUUCGGUUGUUUCUACAAUAAUUGGGCAAGGAAAUUCUCGUCUGCUGUACGCAUGGGGAUGUAGUUUUAAAAUCAAGCGAAGUUCAUUUCACAUCAUGCGAUGUAAUAUGGCCCUGUUUUUUUCCUCUCAGGUUCUGACUGGGUGAACCCUGAAGAUCCUAAUGUCAUUGCUGAGAACGAGCUGCUUGGCGCCGCUGCUGCGAUCGAAGCAGCAGCAAGGAAACUUGCUGAACUCAAACCCAAACCACGUCCUAAGGUAAAGUCACAUGAAUAUAUUUCCUACAGGGUCUUGAAUAUUUUAAAGAUUUUACUAAUAGAAAACUAGUGUUUUAGACCUUAAAAAGAUGAAAGUCUUGAAAAUUUGACUAAGUUUUGAGUUUUUCCCCUGGUGAAAUCUUUGUGUAAGGCAGCUCAUGUAAUGUGCUAACUAAACUACCUUGGCCAAAUCUUUUAUGAGCGCGUUUGGAGAAAUUUGAUUUUUGAGGUAAACUGUUGACAAUUACAUUUAUCGCGUGGUUUUACUCAUAGGCUCGGAUCUGUUAAGAGAACGGAUCUUCACGAGAACACCUUCACGACGUAGAAAGAGAUGACGAGGACGCAUCCAAACCAGUCGCUAGACACUUUAAUCUCUCUAAUCAUUCUAAACGGCAUAUGGCAGUUUGCGGCCUUUCCUCACAUCUAGGCAGUUCGGAAAGCCGCAAAACACUUGAACGAAAAUUUAUCUUUCAAAUCGGAACUCUUAAUCCCCACGGUAUCAACGAGCGCUUUUCAUUCAACUAGCCUAUUCUUCUUUUCUCGUUAAUAUAUUCCCACCAAUAACGUAGCUCCAUUUUCUGGAUAUAAACCCACACACAACCCAUAAUUCCUCCAAUCGCUCUGACGAAGGGCUAACGCUCGAAACGACAGCCUUUAAACUCUCUAGGUGGCUAAUUUACGUUUUCAACUCAGUUGUUAACACUAAAUUACCUGUUAUACUCUCCCACCGACGCAGCACCACAGUUUCUUUAGAAACUCACCCUCUUUAAUUAAAAAAUUGUCUGGAACAAAAUGGUUUGGAAAAGUCUUUACACAAAAUGUUUUAAGAACUUUGGAUGAAAUUCUCCUACGUUGGACUCAGUUUACAUCGACAUUUUUUAAGCGUUCUGUUAUGGUGGUGUUGCUAUUUUUAGGAAGCUGACGAGUCGCUCAACUUCGAAGAACAAAUUCUGGAAGCUGCAAAGGCAAUAACAGCUGCCACUGUGGCACUGGUGAAGUCUGCUUCAGCGGCCCAAAGGGAACUGGUGGCGAGUGGCAGGGUAAGUUUCUCUUACAGAUAGCUUAGUGUUGUUUGAUCCUUGGUUUGUAUUGUGACAUGGAACAAGUUUGCACAUUAUACUCCAAUGUUUGCAUUGGUCUUGCAUUGUAACUCUGGAGCAUACUCCGGGAGCAAACCUUCUGGCGUAUUGAGUUGUGCGCUUGCUCGUAUGCAUAUGUGUAUUCUGGAAGUGAGAGAAAUUGUGAGAUCCUUAAUCAAAUCGAACAAGGUUCGCUUUCUACUCAGUUCCAAAUCUGCUUUUCCCGUCAAUUUGCCAACAUCUGACCUCUUUUUGCUCGUUAUUCAGGUGUGUUCAGCGUCCACAGAUCCUAAUGAGGAUGGACAAUGGUCACAAGGGCUUGUGUCAGCGGUAAGUCAAACUCUGGAGAUCUCAUAAAUUCUUUCUGUAUGUUAUUUUUCUAACCAGCAUUUGUAGAAAUAAAAGUCCACUGAAUACUUAAAACCGACUAAUACAGGUAUGCGUAUGCGCAAGGUUAUGAUAAUUGAGAAGCGGCUCUUGAACAAUACAAUUAUUCUCUUUUUGCAGAGUUAAGUCUUCCCCCCACCGCCUAAGUCACCUCUCGCAAAAUCUCAGACUUAGUGCUUCUCUCACUAAAUCUUUUCUCGUACCAACAAACUUCCCAAGCACACUACGUUGGUAAUUUAAAAUUACAGAGAGCCCUUUGUUACUUGCGUUUUCAAUUGAAAAAUGACAUUUUCACGCCGCGUUAGUUUUUGCAUGACAUGACCAGUCUAAAUAUCAAAAUUGUCAAUUCCAGGCGCGUAUGGUGGCAGCAGCAACGACAACAUUGUGUGACGCAGCUAACGCGGCCGUCCAGGGCAACGCAAGCGAGGAAAGGCUAAUAGCAGGAGCUAAACAAGUGUCGAAUUCCACUGCCCAGCUGCUGUUAGCAUGUAGGGUGAAAGCUGACUCCAAUAGUGACACACAGAGGAGACUUCAGGUAAGUGAUGGGUAUUUUGAGGACAGUCGGCUACACAAACUUGGUCGGAGUGCCUAGGAAGCUAGGAUCUCUAAAUGCAAAAAGUUACCUUGCUGGACAAAAAGAAAAGAGACGAUCAACUUUCAUAAAAAAAAAACCAUUUUCGGCUAUUAAUCCUUCAGUAAGCUUUAGUAAUGGUGUAUCGUUACAGAUUGCCGGCAAUGCCGUCAAGAGAGCAGCAGACAACUUGGUAACCGCGGCUAAGAGUGCAGCUAUCUUUGAAGAACAAGAGACUACGGUUGUUAUUAAUCAGCGGUUUGUUGGUGGAAUUGCGCAGGAGCUGGAAGCUCAGGAGAAGAUCCUGCGCAUCGAAAAAGAACUGGCAGCGGCGAGAAAUAAACUAAGUCAAAUACGACAGGCGAAGUACAGGCCGGAGGAGGAUGAUUAACUCAAGAUAAAAUGACAGUUCCAAGAAUAUCUUAUAACAUUGUAUAAAACUAACUAGUUGCAGUUGGAAAAGGUUUUCACACUGUCAAAUGUUUAAAUUGGAAGCAUUUCUCUCAGUUGAUAAGUCCUCGGUUUCGUCGUUUAUCAGUCAAAGUAUAGAAGUAGUAUACGAUACUUGGUCAUUGCUUAGUUGAGUCUGUCUGUUGUAAGCUGUUCGAUAUUUAUAGGAGAAGUUAUGACAAAUCUACGUCGUUAGUUAUAAAGAUUAGUUUUGAUGUUUGGUUUAACAAUAAUAUAUGCCCGGCAAGUCAGAAUCAGUAGGCAUUUUCUCGUCGUGAGGCUUUAUUUUCGGCAAGUGUUUAGUUUCUCUGUGCACGACUUAACCCUCACCCUGAUGUUUAGUGGUGAAAACAACAAAUUAACGAACUGACGCUUUUUUUAAGUAUCUGUGUGUACGGGUUCCGUUAUAUUCGUAACUGUUUUGUACGAUUUUCGAAAAAUAACGUUUUUGUAUUUUCUUUAAAUAUAUUUUUGUUAACAUUUUCAUGGCUUAGAUUCAAAGAACUUAUUAUUUUUGUAUUUUGUUGUUAUUUUUAUAUUUAAUGAAGUUUUACUUUCUUCAACGACCAUCUUAGUCCAACGAUCUACGAUGAUUCCAUAGAAACAAAGCACACGGUUAGAAUUAACGAAGGGACUGGAAGCGAAAUGUGAUUUAGAAUACUGUUGAUAAAAUCUAAAUUAAUGAAUGAUUGCAAAUGGAUAUACACACAAUUGAUAGUCAGAGUUUGAAAUGAAUCCUCUCAAGUGUUAGAUGACAUGGUAAUGGCUUGAUUUAAAAGGGAAAUAAAAGAGUUAUUUUGCGU